UUCACCGCCCUCCUCAAUCGCACCCCGACGCACCUCGCCGAGCCGCAAUGGAUAUCGACCCCCUUCGAGUCGCACCCCAAGUCAGCGCUCGACCGCCUGCUCGACAUCGCCGUGUUGCUGCCGGCCCUCUUCCACCGAGCUGAUCGCAUCCUUCCCCAGCCGCACACCCUGACGCGGCGGCUGAUGGCGCAGGACCUGCUAAACAACUGUCUGGAGGUGGAGGGGGCGCUUGGGGCGUGGGCUGCCCAGUUUCAGGGGCUGUCUACCGCAUCAUCCGAAGCAGAGCAGCCAUCAUUCUGGGGCACCAACGCAACCCAAACCACCUCGACCACCUCGGACCCCGCUCUGGUCUUCCCAAACGCGGCUGGAGCAUCGUCCUUCAGCGACGCAUCAACAGCUCUCGCGCUGACUUACUACUGGACCACGCUCAUCCUCUUUUACCCUACCCUCUGGAGGCUCUAUGUCGCCGCCGUCCUCGACCCGGUCCCAGGAUUACCCCAACCCCAACUCUCACCGACCCCCAUCCCAAUAACAAUGCCAACCCCCAUCCCCAUGGCAGAACACUUCCAGCCCCACCCCCCACCGCCGCCGCCACCACCACCACCACCACCACCACCACCACCACGGCGCCUGCAAUCCCUCAACCCGCUGCGCUUCUCGCCCGCGAGGGUGCACGAGCUCGCGAGCCGGCAUGUCUGCCGCGCGCUCGAGUUCCUUCUGGACAGCACCAGCAGCAGCAGCAGCAGCAGCGGCCGAGGGGCGUGGUGUGCGCAGCCUGACCUGCUGUGGUAUCCGCUUGCUGUGGUGAGGCGUGUGUUUGGUUCGUAUGGGGACGAGGUGGCUAUGGGAGGAGGCGCUGGGACGGGGGUGGAGAUGGGCAUCGGGAUGGGCGGGAUGAGUGGUAUGCGUCAGGGGGAGGGAGGGGCGUUGGGGUAUGGAUACGCUGGAGGAGACGGGCAAGGCAUACACGGUGGGUUGGGGUUGGCGUGGUGCGACGGGUUCAGGGAGAGGGUCCUGGCGCGGGCGAGGGAGAUGCAGCAGGUUGUUCAGGGCAAGAAUUGGGUCGAGUUGGCAAAUUUCUGA